ACAGUGACACCUUCCCAGAUUGUUAUGUACAGUCAGCGACCCUCCCCCUACUGCAGUUUUCACGUCAUCAGCGCGCGAAAACUUCAGCGUGAAUCGUCACAGAACGAGUAACUGGAAAGUGUACUAUUGCCUCUGUAUUGCUGAAGUAAAAUUAAGAUAAACCUAUAUGUCGUACUUACACAUAUAAGUCGACGUAUGGUUGUAGUCAUCUGAUACAUAUCUUAACAGUUUAAUUUUAAAGUGCUAAAAUAGUUUUAAUUCAUUUUACUCUCUAGUUUUAUUGUUCUUGCUGCUAACACUAGGGCUCUCUGCAUUUUGCUGCUACCUAACUUUAGCAAAAUAACUGGCUUGCUACUAGUUACCCGUGGUUCUGUUAGAUACUGAGUGCAACCAUCAUGAGGCAAUACUUCACGAGACUGAAAAUGAGACGGAUUUACGGCUGGGUAGGAAAACCCGAGGUGGUCGACAGAAAAUUGCGCACGAAUUGCUAUGAUGCUCUCAGCAUAAGGAUGGAUGGCAAGUCUGAAGCCAGUCUGAUUAAAACUGGUCAGUACAUCCUGAUUGAAGGGGAGGAUGAUGAAAACCCUUAUGUGGCAAAGGUCCUCAAGUUCUUUGGUGUUGAAUCGGGCAAGAGGGCCACAGUGCAGUGGUUUGUACGUUUCUGUGAGGUGCCCCCCAGGAAGAGGAAGUGUCUUGGCAGGAAGCCCCACCCCCAGGAGAUCUUCCUCUACCAAGAUUCCUCUUGUGACAAUGAGAUCGAUGCAGAGACCAUUAUAGGCGCAGUGCAGGUGAAGCACUUGCCUGAGGACGCUGACUUCCCUGAGACGGAGAGCAGGGACACGCUCUAUGUCAAAAUGUGCUGGAACUCGAAGACUUUCACGGUCGUGGACAGCAAACAGCUUCAGCAGCACGCUGUGGCACCCGAGCCCCCCGCCCCGGCACCGCUGCCUCGUGCUCUGCCCACCCCUGACCUGGCUGUGCUGAAGCGGGCUGCGCACAGGCCGCACAGUCGCGUCUCCAUGAGCACGGGCAAGGUGGGCUCCGGCGAGGCGGAGUCGGGCCACUCCACCUCAAAACUCUCAGCUGCCCAGGACCUCAGCAGCGUGCGCCAACGCCGCUGCUCCUCCACCACGGGAGUGCGCAAGAAGCUGGAACUUAAUAGCCCAGUGAAGAAACUAACCAGGGAGGAAGUGAUUGAAGAAUUACUGCAAGAUGAGAUCAAGACCCAGAAGAAGCUGGCCAGCAAGCAUUCCUGUUCCCUGCCUCAAAUGGUGUUAAAUGUGAAACUCUCCCCAUUGAAGUGUUCAUCUGAAUCCCUUGUGGGUGUCAGGAUAACCCCGCUGAAGACCCAUCAGAGUUUACCCAGCUUCUCUGAACUCCCACUGCAGUGCCAGGACUCUGCUGGGGACUGGCUUGGUGUCUCCCCCCUGGAGGACGAGGCUGAGACAGGGGUCAAACAAAGGUCAUCAAAAACCCCUUUGCAGAAACAGGAAACCCCCAGAAGGAGUAGUUUGAGGGUGCAGAAAGCUAGAACUCCAUCCAGCAGGAAAGACUCCUCUUCCACCUUUAGGGAGCCUGCUCUGGGGGUUCUGCCAGAGGAGCAUGUAGAGCAGACUGCCAUGACACCACGUUCAAAAAGGAAGUCUGCUCAGCUGGUCUCUGGACGGAUCAGAAAACAGUUGAAGCUGCUAAGCUCAAGUCAGCCCCUGAGCUUGGACAGUGAUGACAGCGAUGACGCCUUUGUGCCACCGAAGAUGGACGUGCAGAGUAGCAGCGAGGAUGAAGCCGACGAUGGGGAAGUGGGGAGCGAGGAUGAGCUUCUGGUCGUGAAGAGGAAAGGGUGGUCCCGCACCCCAAGUUCCACUCAGAAAGCUCGCGCCUCAACCAGGACUCCGUCCAAGACGCCCAGUAAAAAGGCUGCUCCUGGUACUCCUCGGACCCCCCGUCAUGCAACUCCCAGCAUUCCCAGCAGGGCCCUGCCAGCCCGGAAGCCAGGAAAUGUGCUGGAAGAAGCAAGAGCGAGACUUCACGUGUCCUCAGUGCCUGAGUCUCUGCCGUGUCGCGAGCAGGAGUUCGAGGACAUUUACAGCUUUGUGGAGAGUAAGAUCAACGAUGGCACUGGAGGGUGCAUGUACAUAUCCGGGGUCCCAGGCACUGGGAAGACGGCCACAGUGCUUGAAGUGAUUCGCUGCCUGCAGCACGCAGCUGACCAGGACGAGAUCCCCUCCUUCCGCUUCAUCGAGAUCAAUGGCAUGAAGAUGACCGACCCACACCAAGCCUACGUCCAGAUACUGCAGAAACUGACUGACCAGAAAGCCACUGCUGACCAUGCCGCCUCCCUGCUGGAGAAACGCUUCAGUAACCCCGCCCCCAGGAAGGAGGCUACAGUGCUACUUGUAGAUGAGCUGGACCUGUUAUGGACCAGGAAGCAGAAUGUCAUGUACAACCUAUUUGACUGGCCAACGCGACGCCAUGCACGCCUGGUGGUCUUGGCCAUCGCCAACACCAUGGACCUGCCAGAGAGAAUCAUGAUAAACCGUGUGGCCAGUCGGCUGGGCCUGACUCGGAUGUCCUUCCAGCCAUACAGCUUCAGGCAGCUACAGCAAAUCAUCACGUCAAGACUGAACAAGGUCAAAGCCUUCGAGGAAGAUGCCCUUCAGCUUGUCUCCAGAAAGGUGGCAGCACUCUCAGGUGAUGCUCGGAGGUGUCUGGACAUUUGCCGGCGUGCUACAGAAAUCUGCGAGCACUCUAGCCAGCCCUCAGACACAGGACUGGUGGGAAUGAGCCAUGUAAUGGAGGCCUUGGAAGAGAUGUUCUCCUCCUCCUAUAUUACCGCUAUACGGUGUGCCUCGCUUCAGGAGCAGCUCUUUCUGCGCUCCAUCAUCGCGGAGUUUCGAAGAUUAGGUUUGGAGGAGGCCACCUUUCAACAGGUGUUUGUGCAGCACCAGGCUCUGUGUCGUGUGGAGGGGAUGCAGCCCAUCAGCGUGUCUGAGGGCCUGGCUAUCUGCCAGCGUCUGGGAGCCUGUCGCCUCCUGCUGCUGGAGCCCAGCCGCCUGGACCUGCUGCUGCGCGUGCGGCUCAACGUCAGUCAAGACGACGUGCUCUACGCCCUCAAGGAGGACUGAGAGCAGAGGGGCCUGUGGGAGGGCUGUGUGUGUAUGUGUUUAAGUCUGCCCCGGGGAGCCUGUGCCCAUGCAAGACUUGAGUAUGCCUGCCUGGUGGGUAUGCAGGGACUAGCGGUUUUCUGAUCAGCACUGCAUGGAAGCUGUGUAGUCUUCUGUAACGGUGAACCCUGCAGAACGGACAUAACCACGGAUUUAUAGAGUUACACAGGCCGUGUAUAUGUAGAUCUAUGAGAGGCAGGCUCAUUUGUACUGUACAGUUAUGUACCAGGUUUUUCCUUUACACUAGUGGGGAAAGGCUAAACAUUCUCUACUGAAAGAAAUGUUUGGCUUCCCUGGGAAAAUUAUAUUGCAUUGACUUCACUAUCUGUAAUACCACUGAAGGUUUACAGCAAGGCCUCCGAAAAUGACAUCACUCUUGAGUGUUUGAGCUUUUAGCUGUAUGUUUAAUUUUCCAUUCUAGUUUUGGACAUCUCAUAUUAUGAAAUUAAGGCAAUGCUGAGUUGGAGUGAAGUGGAAGGACUAUUCUGGCCUUCCAUUAUGAAAUAUUUAAGGUGAAUACUGAAACAAGAAUUUUUUUUUUUUCAUAGGAUGAGAAAAAUUUAAAGUCAGUCAUGUAUUGCUGGAAGUUAGGCUUCCAAAUUGAUGUAAAAGGUUGUUUUCCAUUGAAGCCAGGCUACAGUUCAUUAGAAUUAACUUUUUAAAAUUUUGUUCGACCAUGGAUAUAUUUUUAUACUCUCCUUUUUGUACGUUUUAAUUUUGAUGUUAUUUUAUUUGAGUACUUAAUAAAAAAAUAGAUUCUUACCGUAAAA